CUAGCUGCUGCCUGGGAGGGACGAGCGCGGAGCAAAGGCGCUUUGGAGUUUAACUCGAUAACUGUGGGGAAAAAACUGAAUUUACCCGGCACGGAAUACAAAUAAACACUUCUUUAAGUGUUGACGGUGUCAAAAUGCACCGAAUAACGGGGAAAACGGGAGGGGACAGUUUAAUUGAGAUGAGCCCCACGGACUCUUUUAACGAUGAUGUAAAUGGUUAUGACCAACAUGCCUCAUCAAGCACAGGAUCCCAGGGACCGUCUGCGUCUCCUCCUGGAGUGAAUGUGGAGACUUGUGAGUCUCUCAACACCAGCCUGGUCUCCCUGGCUGCCUCCGACCUAAGUGAAUGUGUUCAGUACAGAUCUGUGCCCUUAGAGCAGAUCAGUGCUCUGUCCGGGCUUUCGAGAAAACGGGCACUAUUCCUGAAGUAUCGUUCCAGGAUUGACAAACAACAACAGAGUAAAGACUCUGUGUUCUUCAGAGAUGGAGUGCGCAGGAUUGAUUUCGUCCUGUCUUAUGUCGACGAUAAGGACGACGAGAGGAAACUGGAGAAGAGGAGGGUGUAUGAAUCCAACUUAGCUAAAGUUGGCCUGGAGCUGGAAACGGAAGAUAAAUCUGAGUCGGAGGAUGGAAAGACCUACUUUGUGAAGAUCCACGCUCCUUGGGAAGUUUUGGCAACCUAUGCAAACGUGCUGAAGAUCAAGGUUCCAUUCAAGGUCGCCGACACACAAGAGAACAACAAAGAGAUUCCCAUGAACUGGCUGUCCACGCCUUUCCGUCUGCCUAAGCACAUCAUGAACCCCGAGCCAGAUUAUUUCACUGCUCCCUUCAACAAGGACAAGUCUGACUUCUUCCUUAUCGACAACAAAGACACGUUCUUCCCUCCUUCAUCUCGCAACAGGAUAGUCUACUACAUCCUGUCUCGCUGCUCGUACAUCAGGGAGGAAUGUGGAGAUGUGGACAAGAAGGGAAUCAAGAGGUUGCUGAAUAAUGGCACCUACACUGCUGCCUUCCCUCUUCAUGAUUCAAGAUACUGGACAAAAUCAAAAGAUCCAAACUGUGAAAGUGAAAGAUACACCCUCUACAAAUACUGGGCUCGAUUCCUGUGUUUCUUCAAGGAGCAGCCCCUCGACCUUGUUAGAAAGUAUUAUGGGGAGAAGAUCGGCAUUUAUUUUGCCUGGCUUGGCUUCUACACCGAGAUGCUGCUGUUCGCUGCAGUCGUGGGAACAAUUUGUUUCAUUUAUGGAUUCCUCACCUACGACGACAAUGAGUGGAGUAAAGAAAUAUGUAGCGAUCAAAUUGGAGGGAAUAUUGUCAUGUGUCCGCUUUGUGACAAGAAAUGUGGCUUCUGGAAACUCAACACAACGUGCAACUCGUCGUGGCAAUCUCACCUAUUUGACAAUGUGGGAACAGUGUUUUUUGCCAUUUUCAUGGGAAUUUGGGUGACACUGUUCCUGGAGUUCUGGAAGAGACGGCAGGCCCGCCUUGAGUACGAGUGGGAUCUGUUUGACUUUGAAGAGGAACAACAGCAGCUGCAGCUUCGACCAGAGUACGAAACCAAGUGUAACGACCACAGGCUGAACCCCAUCACUAAGGAGCCAGAGUGGGUACUUGACAGAACUGUUUCAGAUAUAGCGGGGAAGUUGUUACUGUGCUGGGCCACAGUGAUCUUGUGGAUUUCAUUGAUCAUUGCCUGCAUCAUCGGGGUCAUCGCAUACCGCUUGGCGGUGUACGCAGCCUUUGCUAGCAUCAUGAAGGACAGUCCCACCAACCACCUGGAGGUGGUUGGCCCUUACAUCACUCCACAGCUGGCCACCUCUGUCACAGCCUCUUGCAUCAACUUUGUCAUCAUCAUGAUCCUCAACCUCAUGUAUGAGAGAGUGGCUGUUUGGAUCACGGAUAUGGAAAUCCCAAAGACCCACCUGGAGUAUGAGAACAAACUGACAGUGAAGAUGUUCCUGUUCCAGUUUGUCAACUACUACUCGUCGUGCUUCUACGUGGCCUUUUUUAAGGGCAAGUUUGUCGGAUAUCCCGGAGAUUAUGCUUAUAUGUUUGGCAAGUGGAGCAAACUGAGGAAUGAAGAGUGUGACCCCGGCGGCUGUCUGAUUGAGUUAACAACCCAGCUGGUGAUCGUGAUGACUGGAAAACAAGUGUGGGGCAACAUUCAGGAAGCUCUGCUGCCGUGGCUGAUGAACUGGUGGGGCAGCAGGAAGGCAAGGAGCCACCCAGAGAGUCUGUACAGCCGCUGGGAGCAGGACCACGACCUGCAGGGCUUCGGGCAGCUCGGCCUCUUCGAUGAAUACCUGGAAAUGGUGAUUCAGUUUGGAUUCAUCACACUCUUUGUGGCCUCCUUCCCCUUGGCACCUCUCCUGGCUCUCAUCAACAACAUUAUUGAAGUCAGAGUGGACGCCUGGAAGCUCACCACUCAGUUCAGACGUCCCGUGGCAUCAAAGGCCCACAGCAUCGGCGCCUGGCAGGAAAUUCUCAACGGGAUAGCUGUGUUUUCCGUCGUCACAAAUGCGUUCAUUGUAGCCUUCACCUCUGAUAUGAUCCCUCGGUUAGUGUACAUGUAUGCCUACCAGCCAGAGGGUGAGAUGAACAUGAAAGGCUAUAUAAACAACAGCCUGUCUGUGUUUAACAUCUCUGAGAUCCCACCAGAGAACAGCCCUGAGAACGGAGAAAAUCCUCCCUGGUUUAACGACUCCAUCACAACCUGCAGGUAUCGUGAUUACCGCUACCCCUCUGGGCAUGAGAAGCAGUACUCCCACACUAUGCAGUUCUGGCAUAUUUUGGCUGCCAAGCUGGCUUUCAUCAUUAUUAUGGAGCACGUUGUUUUUAUGGUCAAGUACUUCGUGGCCUGGUUGAUUCCAGAUGUUCCCUCCGAUGUGAAGGCGAGAAUAAAGAGGGAGCGCUACCUGGUCCAGAAGAACCUGCACGACUACGAAGUUGAGAAGCUGAAAAUCCAGCUCAGCCAACAGAACAACCACGAGUGCACCUGCUCACCAGGGAUCUACCCAAUUUUACCCACACAUGAGAUGCUGUCAGACAUUUAGCUCAGUGAGUCAGACACGGUGAUGUAGACUCCCCUGCUUGUUUUCUGACUCUGAGCAUCGGUUGACUGAAGGUUAUUUGUUGAACAAACCCGCAGGCGACUUCAUAAAGAGCUGUAUUCACUCUAAAGUCCCCCCCCCACUUCCAUCUAUCUGCUGACUGGGAAGGCUGAGAGACCAAGUCUGUGCAUGCUGACACCUAGAGACACUUGAAUUAGACACAGGGCUCAUAUUUAUGACUCGUCAGUCUCUU